AUGGGCUUGGAACGUAAAAGAAAAUCUAUUAAUGCUGUUCAAAGCACUGAUAAAAAAAGAAAAAGCAUAAUUGAAAAAAAGUCUUCAUCAUCGUCUUCUUCUUCUUCUGAAGAUUCUGAUGAGCAGUCUGAUCAUGAUAAUGGAUUAAAUAAUGAAGUGAAAAAUGACAAUCCUACUAUCAGCCGUUGGCCUCAGGAUGACAUUCAAAAGCUGUUAUCUAAAAUGGAGUCAGUACUUCCUAAGAGUGACAAUACAACAUUUCGAAGUCGAUUCACGAAACUCGACUGGGAUAAAAUUCAAUUUGAUAGUUAUAGUAAAGAAGACUGUCAAUCUACUUGGUUAGCAAUUCAAGAUCAGCUCAGGACAUUUAAAACUAUAGGUGAUCUUAUUCAUGAUGCUAGAAAUUUAUUGGAAACUAAAGGCAUUGAUACAUAUCGUUCAAAAACAAAUCGGUUACAAAAACCUAGAAGUGCAUAUAUGUUAUUUUACACUGAACAACUACAAAAAUACAAGAAAAAACAUCCAGAUUUAAAAUUGCCACAAUUGACACAAAUCAUUGCUGAGAAAUAUAAUAAAUUAUCUCCCGACAAAAAACAAAUAUUUCUUAAUAGAGCACUAAAAUUAAAAACUGAAUAUAUUGAAAUGGUCGAUAAAACAAGCGUAGGUUUCAAGUCUAAGGAAUCAAAUAAACCGAAAACUCCAUUUCAAGUUUUUAUGGAAUCUAAAUCAUCAGAUUUAGAUUCUGCUAAUGUUGACAAAGCUGAUAUUCAAAACAAAUUAAAAGAAAAGUGGGAUGGUAUGUCAGAAAAGAAAAAAUCUAAAUGGAUUAAAUUGGCAAACGAACGAGAACAGACAUAUUUAACCAAUCUAAAAGAAGACCACAAAAAUGAUCCUGCUUUCACUAUGCCUACAAAAAGUGCAUUGACCAAAGGUGAUAGAAAUAUUUUGGAUUCCCAAUCUGGCAAACCAAAGAAACCUCCAGUUAAUAAUUAUGGUCUUUUCUCUAAAGAAAUGUUGCAAAGUGAUGCAUUGGCUGGUGUUCCUCCUAAAGAGAGAAUGACAGAGUUGGCUAAGAAAUGGAAAGCUUUUUCUGAUGAAGAGCGACAAAUUUAUUCAGAUAAGUUGAAAGUUAUAACUGAGCGAUAUAAAACUGAAUUUGAUGCAUACUUACAAACAUUACCAGAAGAUGAAAAACAAAUAGAAAUGUCUAAAAACAAAAUAAAACCUAAGAAACCUGAACCAAAAGUUGUACCUAGGAUUAAUGCUAGAGAAGUAAUCUCAGAAAAACCCACAGAAAAGGCUAAGAAAAAAAGUACUUCAACAUAUAACGCAAAAACUAAUACAUUCAAAAAUGAACCACAACAAUUACCUUUUAAAAAUUCAUUUGAAUUAUACAGAAGUAAAUUAGAUGCAAAGGAUAAACAUCCAAUAACAAGUUUAGAAGAUUGGAUGAAAAAAAAAAAUGAACGAAAACUAACAUUGUUUGAAAAUGAACUUAAAACCCUUAAAAAAGAGUAUAUGAAAAGUUUAAAAGUAUUUUUAAGAUCUCUUUCUGAAGAGGAUUUGCAAUUAUAUCUAAAAUUGAGAAAACCCGAAAUGUUAACUGAAAAUAAUGAUUCUAGUGCAUCAGAGGAUGAAGGCAAUUCUUCAUCUGAAGAAGACGAUGAUGAUGAUUCAGAGUAA